GUAGCCAUAGGGCUACAUGGUCUAUUAUGGCUAUUCUUUCAGGUAUUGGCAGUUUAACUGAAUCUAAAAGCAAUCUUGAUCUAUUCAAGAAAAAAAAAAAUAGAAGGACAAAUUGUAAAAAGAGUGUUUUUUUACUACUCAAUAUUUCUGAUAUUUCUUUUUUCAGCUUCUUCCAAUCAUAAUUAUUCAAUAACUUUGUUGCUGUGUACUUCUGAGUAUUCUCAUUGGCACCACCUAGGGUUACCAUAUGCAAAAUCCUAUCAGAACAUGUCUCGAUUUGGGAACGAAUGUCCUGAUUGGGGAACGAUUGUCCUGAUUUAGGAACGAUUGUCCUGAUCAGUCCUGAUUUGUCAAGAUUUUUUUUUUUCUUUUCCAAUUAAUCUGAUAUCCCUGGUCAAAAUAUUUCUCCACGAUUACUCCGAAUUUCUCUUCAGUAACUUCGAAUUUCCUUCGAAAUCUCUGAACGAGGGAAAUUUUUUUAGCCGGUUCUCCAAAAGACUUGGGUGAAGAAAUUUUCGAUAAAACUUCUCCGAGUCAAGAAUUUUUCUAUCUACCUUGCUCCACGUUAGGAAAGUUCUUUCAAUCUCCUCAAUGCUCCUCAAUUUAAUUUUGUUUCAAAGCUCGUAAUUAUGGAGCAAGGGGAUGCUAGGCAAAAUGUCCUAAUUUAAAAGUCGGCACAUAUGGUAGCCCUAUUUGCACUUAUCAUAACAACAAAAUUAAUGAUUAUUGUCUUAUAGAAAAAUACCUAAUAAUACUCAUUACAUAAUAAUUUAAUUCCAAAAAAAAAAAAACAAUAAUUCAAUUUAUUUUUAAUAUUUAUAAUAAUAUUAUUCUGCCAAGACCUGCUAGAAAUAUUUCUCCAACUUUCUAUGAUAAUUACCCAUGACGAAGAAAUAUUUCAACCUCAUUGUUAAUUAAUUAUAACAAUUAUUUAUAUCUGGAAUCAAAAAAUAAAUAUUUGAUAUUGCCAUAUUUUUUUUUAUUCCCCAUCAUUAGGUAAUCUAACCUCAAAAUCUCAAAUUACUUGUCAAACUAAAAAACUGUGGUGCAUUGUUGUUCAUCAAAAUAAAAAAACAACAACAAAUUUUGUUUAUUAUUAAAUAGUAUUUGUAGUCAUUUUAGUAAUUACUUUGUUAAUUAAUAUUUUUUAAGUGUUUUUAAUAAUUAUAUUUUUAACUAACAAUUCUAUAAACUUUGUUUAUAAUAAAAAAAUAUUGUAAACAAAAGAAAAAUAAUAAUUUUAAUAAUGGAAGUAACAAGAUCCGAGGCAUUAAUUAACAAUGAACAUGAUAAUGGUGAAUUUAAUGGUCAUGAAUGUCGUAUUUGUUUAAAAAAAUCAAUUCAAGUUUGGCAGGUAUUUGAAAAUUAUGGAGAAAUACCAAGAAAAAUUAUGGCUUGUGCUGCUGUCAAGGUUGAACAAGGUGAUGGUCUACCCUCAGUAAUAUGUCACAAUUGUCGUCAAUUAUUAGACGUAUCAUAUGAAUUUAAAUGUCAAGUUGAACAAUCUGAUGCUAAAUUUCGUCAUAUACUUGAAUAUCGUACACCAAUAUAUGAAAAUCAAAUAACAAAUUCAUUAUCUGAUUCAAUAAAUGCUGUUAUAACUGAAGCAAUAUCUGGUGAACAUACCCUACAUCAAGAUGACAAUGAAAAAACAGUACUUAUUAAUUUAGAUAAUCAAAAAAAACAAAUUGAUAAACCAAAAACAAAUAUUAAAAUUUCAUAUAAUAAUAAUGAAUCUAAUAAUUUAAUAACAGAUGAAAUUAAAGAAGAAAAUUAUAAUAUUGAUAAUUACAAUUUACAUGAAAAUAAAAUUGAAAUUAAUUUUUUUAAAUGUCAAAAUUGUCAUAUAUGUUUUAAAAGUGAUGAAGCACUUCAACAACAUAUGAUUAUUCAUGAUAUUAAAUAUUCAUGUUACAUGUGUAAUGAAGAAUUUACAACAAAUUUACAAUUAGAAAAACAUAUUGAAUUACAUGAAGCAACAAAAUUAAAUAAUGAUAAAUUAGAAAAAAAUAAUUUAGAUGAAAAAAAUGAUGUUAAAGAUAAUAAAAUAUUUAAAUUUUCAUGUGAAUAUUGUUCAAAUUGUUUUAAAUAUGAAAAAUCAUAUUUAACACAUGUUAAAAAACAUCCAGAGUAUAAAAAAAAUAAUAAAAAUAAAAAAAAACAAGUUAAUUUUGAUGAUGAUGAUGAUGAUAAUUAUAAUGAUGAUAAUGAUGAUGAUAAUAGUAUGCCAAUACAAUGUAAACAAUGUGGUAAAAUAUAUGCAACACAAAGAAAUUUAAAAAGACACAUGUUAACUCAUAGUGGACAAAAAUUUAUAUGUAAAAUUUGUGAUAAAUCAUUUUCAAGAAUUGAUAAAUUAAAAGAACAUGAACAUUCAAAACAUAAUGAUAAAUUUUUUGGUGAUAGUGAUGAUAUUGAUGAUGGUGAUGAUGAUGAUAAUUAUGAAAAUGGUAAAAAAAUAUUAAAUACAAAUGAAAAAAAGGAAAAACCAAAACGUCCACAUUCAUGUCCAAUAUGUCCAAGAGCAUUUGCACUUGCUCAAUCAUUAAAUAAUCAUGUUGAACGUCAUAAACGUAUUAAAGAAACACAAAAACGUUUUUUAUGUGAAGUUUGUAGUAAAUGUUUUGCACAAUCAGGAAGUUUAGUUGCUCAUAUGAGAACACAUACUGGUGUUAAACCAUAUGUAUGUAAUGUAUGUAAUCGUGCAUUUACUAAAAGUACAUAUUUACAAUUACAUUUACGUACACAUAGUGGUGAAAAACCAUAUAUUUGUCAAUAUUGUAGUCGUGCAUUUGCUAGGGCAAAUACAUUAGCACGUCAUUUAACAAUGCAUACUGGUGAAGCUAAAUAUCGAUGUAGAAUUUGUACAAAAUCAUUUCGUCGAUUGACAUCAUUGAAUGAACAUACUUAUACACAUACUGGACAAAGACCAUAUGCAUGUAAAAUAUGCACAAAAAGAUACAACAAUGCUGGUAGUCUCUAUGCACAUACAAAAAAAUGCAAAGCAAUGCAAUCAGAUAACACAUGUUUUCAAGAAACAUCAAAUCCUCAAGAAUCAAGUAACUCUUCAGUAAUUCUUUACAUGCCAAAAAGAAUAAUAACAGAAGAAGUUGAAGAAGGAGCAGAAGAAGGAGAAGAAAUCCUUGAUACAAUAAACGUGACUGACAAAGUCAUUAAUACUAUUGUUGAUAACAUUGAUAAUCAACAAAAAAAUAUUGACAUUAAUAUAAAUAACAUCAAUUCAAGUGUUACAAAUCCAGACGUUAAAUCAUCAUACUACACAAUUUAUCCUGUGUAGUAAUUUUUUUUCAUCAAUCAAUUAUUUAUCAAUCUUAAAAAAAAGUAUUUAUUUUUAUUAACACGUGUUUUAUUUUUUAAGUUAAUAUUUGUUAAGUCAUUCCAGAAGAAAAAAAAAGAAAAACAAUUAAAAAGUCAAUUUGUUCAUUGACGAUAUCUGAUAGCGAUUGAAAUAUUUUAAAAUCAUUUAAUUCUGUAUAUACCUAUACAAAAAAAUAAAUUAAAAUAUAUUUUUAAAAAUUAAUAAUUUAAAUAUAUUGUUAA